UUUCUUUCACACAAAAAUGUUUAAAACUAACACUGCGCCUUCUGAGCAGCAAUAUGCACAACCUCCUCCUGCCUAUGAAGCAGAAACUAGUAGACCUUUCUUAGCUCAAGACGAGGAAGAUAUGCUUGGGACUGGUGAUGAUAUGUUUAAAGAUACUGUAGCUAAUAGUAGCGUUGAAGUUCGAAUGCAAUUUGUUCGCAAGGUUUAUUCUAUCUUGACUGUUCAGAUACUAGGAACAACGAUUGUUUCAAGCAUAUACAUGUUUAAUGAAGGUAUAAAACAAUGGGUUCAAACAAAUCCUUGGAUGAUAUUCUUGUCUUUGUUUUGCUCUCUUGGUGUUCUUUUCGCCCUGAUGUGGAAGUCUCGUUCGACUCCAUUGAACUAUUACUUGCUUGCGUUGUUUACAUUGUCAGAAAGUCAUCUUGUAGGCACAAUUACUUCUUUCUAUGACAAAAUGAUUGUAUUGGAAGCAUUAAUUAUUACUCUUGGCGUCUUCUUUGGAUUAACUUUAUUCACUCUUCAGUCCAAGUGGGAUUUUAGUGGGAUGGGGCCAAUGCUUCUUGUCGGUAUCUGGACAAUCUUUGUUGGUGGUAUGUUACUGCCAUUUUUCCCUGGCAUGGAUGUGCCACUUGCUAUAGGAGGCGCCAUCAUCUUUUCUGGAUAUAUCGUUUUUGACACCUAUUUGAUAUUUAAUCGCUAUUCUCCUGAAGACUAUAUUAUGGCUUCUACAAGUUUAUACCUUGACAUGAUUAACUUAUUUCUUCGUAUUCUUCAAAUCUUGAAUGCAAGUCAAAGAGACUAAGUUAAUAAAUUUUCGCGAAAAUUUAUUGCAUAUAACAAUGAAUAUG